GUUAUUUACUAAGCUGCCAUCAAGUAUCAUGAAUAAAAUCCUUUUAAACCCACAGUUUAUGGAGAAGAGAAGGUCAGAGGGAGCAGACGGGAAGAACAGAGCAGAGUGACACAGGGGUAGAGUUUAAACAGUUACACAAUGAGGAGCAGUUCCCCCUUGUGGGUGCUGUCGUUGCUGUGGUGUUUCUGUCCUCCUUCACCCGGAGUUGUUGCAGCAGUGGACAAACAAAGGGCAGGUGCGGUACAGAACCUGCGAGCCGGGACUUGCAGGUGGACAGCACAAGAUGGCGCCGUGAUCGAUCUGACCAGUGUGGCGAAGACAGACAACACACCGAGGUUUAAAGAUGUCCAAGGAGAAGACGUAUGGUAUUACUCCUAUAAUCCGUGCUUUGCAUUCUCAGAGGAAAUCUGUACCGGAGCCUCGGUGUGUCAGUCAGGCUACGGUGCAUACUACCAAGCUGGCGAUACCUCAUCGGAGGCUCUAAUCACUGACCAAGGUCGACCUACCCUCUACUACACUGCUGACUCCCCUUCUCUGAACAGACAGUCGUGGGUGGCGCUGAUCUGUGACAAGUCUGCCACUACGCCCAAACUACGGGCUAUAGGAGACGUGUCUAACGGAGAGUACAGGUUUGAACUCACCACUGUGUGUGCCUGUGACGGGGCAUGCGCAAUGGCUGUGGAGGCGGGGCUAAGUGUCGGCACUAUUCUCAUUAUCGUUUUUAUAGUGGUGGUGUUUGUGUACCUGGUGGGUGGGAUCAUCAUCAACAAAGCACGACAAGCAAAUGGCGUGGAACUCAUUCCAAACAUUGGUUUCUGGCGAAACUUUCCGGUUCUUGUAAAGGAUGGCUUUGGUUUUGUAGGCGGGAGAGUCAGUAGGUCAAGGAGUGGUUAUGAGGCCAAGCUUUGACAGUCACUGGAGACAACUGGAUCGCAACCAUAAAAGCAAACCAUCUACGAUACACAUAUUUUCGAUCAUCCAAAGGCUAUGAAAAGGGAUAAAUUCUUUGACAAGGCAAAAGUAUAAUCAAAAGACUACUUUUAAUACCUUAACCAUAUUUGUGCGUUCUUGAUAUUAUAUUUAUGUAUUAAAUUUGAUAUGUCUA